CUGCGCAACGCGCCUCCAUGCACGCAGUCUGGAACUAGACCCGCCUGUGCUGCUAAAGUCAUGUCUGGGAGGAGUCAGACAACCGCUAUAUUGACACGUAACUGUCCUGCAUAAAUGUUAAAGAAGAAGGUACCCCUUUUUCCUGAAGUAGAAGGUGGAUGUAGCUGUUUCGCUUUAGGCUUGAUGUAUAGUUGACCUAUCCCGGAGCAGAGAUCUCUCUGGACACUCUUGAAGCGAGGCGGGACGCUGAGAACCGACGCACAAGAUGAGAUUUAAAGCGUUUAUUUCUGUCCUUUGGUCGGUCGGCCCGGUGGUAAUCGGUAUUUCUCUAGGAUUCACAUUGAGUUUACUGAGUGUUAACUGGACGGAAGAAGCGUGUUAUCCAGACGGCAAGGAGGGCGAGGACGUGACUUUGGAGCAGGAUGGGCUGCUCAAAGGAGCCCGAAAGCCCAGCUCCAUUUCGAACGAUGUGCUGUCCGAGGAGGAUUUUCAACCAAGAAUAGUCCCAUAUAAACAGGUCCAACAGAGUGCCCCGAAGAAAGUUUUCAGGGCUAAAUACAUAAGCACAGAGUUGGGUAUGCGAGAGCGUCUGUUUGUCGGGGUCCUUACAUCCAGAAACACAAUUAACACCCUGGGCGUAGCUGUCAAUCGCACCAUUAGCCAUCACCUGGACUGCGUGAUCUUCUUCACUGGCAUGCACAAUCGCAGAGUCCCUCAUGGCAUGUUUGUGGUCUCUCAUGGAGACGAGAGAGACAUUUGGAACAUGUUUCAGACCAUCAGAUAUAUUUUAGACCAUUACAUCAAUGAAUAUGACUGGUUCUACUUCGUCCAAGAUGACACCUACACAGAAGCUGAUAGGAUCAAAGCACUGGUGGAUCACCUGAGCAUGGAUCAAGAGCUUUAUAUAGGCAGUCCUGAGGAAUUCAUAGGUGGGGAGAUGGAAGGGAAGUAUUGCUAUGGAGGGUUUGGGUACCUCCUGUCACGUGCCUUGCUCCUGCGACUCCAGCCCUUCCUGGAAAACUGCAGGAAUGACAUCCUGAGCGCCAGGCCUGAUGAGUGGCUCGGGAGAUGCAUCAUUGAUUACACCAAGACAAAUUGUGUCAGUGAAUAUGAGGGGCUUCAAUACCACCAUUAUGAACUGGGAAAAAAGUCGGAUCUAAGUAAGGAACAGAGUGAACAGUUCAAGAAGGCUCUUACAGUCCAUCCAGUGUCUGACCCUGAACAGAUGUAUCAGCUGCACAGAUACUUCACAGAGAUUGAACUCCAGAAGACCUAUGAUGAAAUUGCUAAGUUGCAGGCAGAAAUAAAGAACGUGAGUGUGGUUGCUUUUGAAGGAAACCGAAUCGCCCAGUGGCCAGUAGGGAUCAAUCCACCUUUUGAGCCCAAAUCUCGGUUUGAAGUUCUGAAGUGGGAAUACUUCACAGAGAAGGAAAUUUAUUCAUGCAUCGAUGGCUCACCCAAGUGUGAGCUGCACGGCAUUGACCGCAUGGAUGUGGCUGAUGUCAUUGACACAGCCAUAGGAGAGCUGAACAAGAAGUACAGACCCAUUUUACAUAUGAAGAAGCAGCAGUUGAUUAAUGGCUACAGGCGGUUUGACCCCACCAGGGGCAUGGAGUACACCUUGGACCUUCAGCUGGAGGUGAUUAACCAGAAAGGUCACAGCCGUUCCAUCACCAAGAGGGUUCAUCUGGUGCGACCUUUGAGCCAAACAGAGAUCAUCCCCAUGCCCUAUGUCACUGAAGCUACAAGGGUUCACAUCAUUAUACCUCUUACUCGGCAGGACCAGAGCUUUGUUGAUCAUUUCCUUGAAGUUUUUGCCUCAAAUGCCUUUGAAACGAGUGAAAAUGCUAUCCUGGCAUUCUUGUUUAUUUAUGACCCAGUGGAGGCCCAGCAGGUUAAUCAGAAUGAUAUAUUUGCUGGUGUGAAGGCUCAGAUUAAUUCUUAUGAGCACAAAUACCCCACAGUGAAAAUCCCAUGGAUAAGUGUCAAGACGGAAACACCGUCCUCGAUUAAGUUCAUGGACAUCAUCUCGAAGAAGCACCCGGUUGACACACUGUUCUUCUUGGCUAAUGUCAACACAAAUAUCAGUUCUGAAUUUCUGAACCGCCGCCGCAUGAAUUCCAUAAACAAUUGGCAGGUGUUCUUCCCCAUUCAUUUCCAGAACUACAACCCGGAUGUGGCUUAUCCCAACCAGCCGCAUCCUACCAUAGUCGACCUGGUCAAGGAUGCAGGCCAUUUUGACCGCUGGGCAUUUGAAGAAGUGUGUUUUUACAACUCGGAUUACAUGGCAACCCGCACACGGAUGGCGGCGGACGUCCAGGAGAAUGAGGACAUUCUAGAGACAAUGGACAUCUAUGACAUAUUUGUAAAGUAUUCGGGUCUGCAUGUAUUCAGGGCAGUGGAACCAGCAUUGCACCAGCAGUACCGCUACCAAGCCUGCAACCCACGACUCAGUGAAGACAUCUAUCACAGAUGUGUUCAGAGUAACUUGGAAGGUCUCGGUUCUCGCUCCCAGCUGGCCAUGCAGCUGUUUGAGCAAGAGCAAGGAAACAGCACUUGAAAAUACCCGUGAAAGAUUUGCUCCUGCAUGUUUUUAAAUAGAUAUUAAAAGGUGUGCGUUUGUUGGAACCAAUGUAUGGGGCUGUAGUUACAAACUGUGUCUGACACUGUUUGAUAUUCUCCUUCUUCCACUUUACAUCGAGAAGUAUUUGGUUUGUUACGAGUUUUUAGCUAGUUUGGAUAAAUGAAUGCAGCUUUUUCCAAGUGAAACUUUUUUUUAACAGAUGUUUACAGUACUUAUCCAUGGAGAUGAGUAUCUAGAACCAAAUCUUAUUGCUACGCUUACAAUUGCGUUAAGCUACUUUUGACCACUAGAGGACAGUAACUCAAAGCAACAGAUCUUUGAAGUACUGCUGGCUUUCCUGGUUGUUAUAAAUUAAGGUGUCCAUCCAGCCUCUAGCAGACACAGGGCGAUUUAGUCAGCCCACCAUUUGGUGGAAUUUUAUGCUUAAAUACAUCGAUCUGUACAA